AUGUCUAUUGCUCGUAAACUUUCUUGUUACUCCCCUUUCAUCAAUCAUCAAUUUGUUACUACAAGACUGCUCUCAAGUUCACUCUCCGUGCCUACUCAUGUAGCACGUCCUUCUCAAUCCCAUUUUCAAAGUCUAAAUAAUCGUAUUCAUGCUUCAAAUGACAAUAACAAUCUAAUUGUUUAUGAGGAACAUGCCACACAAGUAUUGAUAUCUGCAGAGAGGGGACCACCUCGUUGGUUUUGUCCUCUGGACUUCGGCUCCUCACGCUUACCAAACUCUCCUCUUCUACUCUACUUACCAGGGAUUGGUGGAUCCGGGCUUGGGCUUUCUUUGCAUCAUCGUAGACUUGGAGAGAUGUUUGAUAUUUGGUGCCUGCAUAUACCUGCUACAGAUCGGACACCAUUUCCAGAACUCGUUAAGCUGGUCUCACGCACUGUUCAGUCUGAGAAUUCCCAAUCACCCGAGAGGCCAAUAUAUCUUGUGGGGCACUCUUUUGGAGCUUGCCUUGCACUAUCCACCGCGGCAUGCAAUCCUAACAUUGAUAUUCUCUUAGUUUUGGCCAACUCAGCUACAUCUUACGAUGGAUCACAGAUGCGUCCAGUAAUACAAGCGUUAGAAGCCAUGUCAAAGGAACUUGAUGUCGCCCUUGGUUAUGUUCUGAAUCUGAUACCUAACUUUAUAGGCAUGGCUUCAAUGUGGAUAGCAGAAAUCACAAAGGCUAUGGUAUCAUUGUCGUCUGAUCUUCCUGGCCUAACUGAAAUACUUGAGGUGGAGACGCUUGUAUGGAAACUGAAGCUGCUUGAUUCAGCCUGUUCAUACACCAAUUCACGCCUUCACAAUGUCACGGCUCAGACACUAAUCCUCUCCAGUGGCAGAGAUCAGUUGUUACCAAGUCGAAAGGAAGGUGAAAGACUUCAUCGUUUACUACCACGAUCUGAUAUUCGUACAUUUAACGACAGUGGUCACAUGCUCUUUAUGGAUCAAGAUCAUGACUUGGUUACCAUUCUAAAAGCCACCUGUUUCUACCGCCGUACAAAGAAGCUUGAUUACGUGCUAGAUCACUUGCCGCCAUCUCCUCACGAUUUUGAAAAGGCUAAAGCCCCGUUUAUAUUUAGAUUUGUAGAGGAAGCUUUUUCUCCUGUAAUGCUGUCAACUUUAGAUAAUGGAAAGGUUGUUAGGGGGCUCUCAGGGAUCCCUUCAGAGGGUCCAGUUUUACUUGUUGGCUACCACAUGAUGAUGGGAAUCGAAUUGGGUCCUCUAACUUUUCGUAUCUUUUCCGAGAGAGGGAUCCUCGUGCGAGGGGUGGCUCAUCCAAUGAUGUUUAAUAUAUCGAAAGAAGGAAUAUUGUCUGAUAUAUCACAAUAUGAUACUCAUAGAAUUAUGGGAGCAGUUCCUGUUUCACCAACAAACCUUUUUAAACUCUUCAAACUCAAGUCACAUAUUCUUCUGUAUCCAGGCGGUUUGCGUGAAUCUCUUCACAGAAAGGGUGAAGAGUACAAAUUAUUCUGGCCAGAGCACUCUGAAUUUGUCAGGAUGGCAGCUAGAUUUGGAGCCAAAAUCAUACCAUUUGGUGUCGUUGGAGAAGACGAUGCUGGUGAACUAGUUUUUGAUUAUGAGGACCAAAUGAAAAUUCCAUUUCUCAGAAGAUUCAUACAAGAGCUAACCGAUGAGGCAAUACAGCUAAGGAGGAACGCCGAAGGAGAUAUAGCAAACCAACAUAUACACUUGCCACUAAUGUGUCCCAAACUUCCUGGGCGGUUCUAUUAUCUGUUUGGAAAGCCAAUUGAGACACAGGGGAGACAGAAGGAGCUAAUGAAAGCGGAAAAUGCACAUGAACUGUAUUUAGAGGUGAAGUCGGAGGUGGAGAGUUGCCUUCGUUAUUUGAAAGAAAAAAGAGAGCACGAUCCUUAUCGAAGUAUACUAUCUCGAUUUGUUUACCAGCUCAGCCAUGGCCAUGAAAGUGAAAUUCCAACAUUUAAGUUGAUUGUCGCUACAAAAAUCUAUGGUGUCCCUCUUCGUCUCCGCGAUCCUGAUACCUUUGACAAAAUCGCUGCAUCACUCAGCCUGGGACGUAUAGUCCAACACUCAUCAGCCACUACUAAAGAUGGUAACCUCUCCGUUGGUAAGGUUAUCAUGCUCAUUCCCUCCUACCUGAAAAUUGAUCAUCAGGUUUCUGUCAAAUGGAAAAAAACGUCGUUUAUUGCCAGAAUCGUUGAAGAUUACGACGAUUGGAUGAUUCCGCCUUUUUUGGAUAUUCCGGCGAACAUUGAAGUUAACAGCGAAACCUCCUCGGGAAACCCAAACGCCCCCUUGCACGAUUCAGUUUCCCAUAACGGUAAUCAAAAAGAUGCCUUUACUUCUGACACCAAUAUUGAUGACACUAUUAAACAUUCCCAUAUUCCCACUGCAAAUAAUUAUGCCUUUUUUGAAAACCCAAUUAUGUUUACACAAAAAACACAUGGGCCCCAACCCUCCCCACCUUUCUCACGCCCUCCUCCACCUUCACCCCACACAAUCUUUGUCAACCAAUCAAAAACCACCAAUACCAAAAUUACACCAUACAGCUCUAGAAAACGUCAACGCCAAUUCUCUCCAACUUCCCCUGAAACUUCAUGCAUGCAUGAUGAUCCAAAAUCACCUUCUCUCACCUUUUCUUUUAAGAACCAAAACCAAAACCUCUCUGUCUAUACUGCGCCCCCAAACAUCCCUCAAAUUCCCACACUUUCUUUUCGAAAAAACCCUUCACCAAUCCCCUUUCAAUCUUUAGUGAACGAUAAUUCUAUCGACCCUCCUCCUCCACCACCCCUUCAAAAUCCGUCAACACAUCUCCUUGAUCCUAAUACCCCAAACACCAUAGCCAAAGAAGUGGAGGUCACAAAAGUCAUUGGAGAUUGCGUUGGAGUUGACCUGGAUGGAUUUGAAGACUUAGUUGAAGAAGAAAUCCUCCAGAACCGUGAACAAAACCCUUCUCAAUGA